GUCUAUAGGAGCAAUUAUCGGAGGUGUUCCCUCCUUAAAAAAGCUCCAAGGAGCCAGCAACGAUGACUGGGUGGACAGACUUAACCACGUGUGGUCAGUGUUUCUCCUGGCCUUGUUCGCCAUCGUGGUCAGCACUGGACAGUUUGUUGGCGACCCUAUCCAUUGCUGGUGUCCAGCUGAGUUCACUGGGGCCUACGUUGACUACGCCAAAAGUUACUGCUGGAUUAAGAACACGUAUUACAUUCCCAUGGAUACGCCAAUCCCCAUUGACCAUGCCAGCCGAGAGUCUGAAGAGCUGACCUAUUACCAGUGGGUGCCAUUGAUUCUCUUGUUUAUGGCGUUCAUGUUCAAACUGCCCAACAUUCUAUGGAGGCUCUUUAAUGGAGGUUCUGGGAUCAACCUGGACAAGAUUGUGGACAUGGCUGAGAAGACCCAGCUGGGUUCUCCCGAAGACAGAGAUAAGACCAUUGACCACAUCUCCAAAUACAUGGACAGGUGGCUGGAGACUCACAGAGAGUAUCACUGGAACAGACUGGUCCGAGCCAAACAAGCUCUGGCCCGAUGCUGCUGCUUCUUCUGCAACAAACGAGCUGGCACUUACCUGACUGCCUUCUAUCUGUUUGUCAAAGUUUUGUAUGUGGCCAAUGUGAUCUCCCAGUUCUUUCUUCUGAAUGCCUUUUUGUCUCAGGACUACAACUUGUACGGGUUUGAGGUUCUUCAGAUGUUGGGCUCCAGUGACAGUGAGUGGAAGGAAUCUACCCGCUUUCCAAGGGUUACCCUGUGUGACUUCAAAAUCCGCCAGCUGCAGAACAUCCAGACCUGGACCGUUCAAUGUGUCCUUCCCAUCAACCUCUUCAACGAGAAAAUAUUCAUCGUCAUUUGGUUCUGGCUGGUGCUGGUUGCCACAUUCUCCUGCAUCAACUUUGUCACCUGGCUGUACCGUGUUGUCUUCAAGAGAAACCGUGCAGGAUACAUUAAGAAGUAUCUGAAAAUCAACAAUAAACUGCAGACUGGUUUUGACAAGAAACUCUGCCAGAAGUUUGCUGAUGAAUAUCUCAGAGAUGAUGGUGUCUUUGUCAUUCGUGUCAUUGCCAAGAACUCCACAGACCUAGUUGCCACAGAUCUGGUGGAUAAGUUGUGGAAGCUGUACAGAAGUGCUUUUGUGGCUUAUACAAAGUCCUUCUGCUGGGUGAAAAAUACAUAUCACAUUGCAAUGGACACACCCAUUCCAGUUGAAAGAGAACAUAGGGACUCCGAAGAGCUGACUUAUUAUCAGUGGGUUCCCAUUAUUCUUUUGUUCAUGGCAUUUUUGUUCAAAUUUCCAUCACUUGUGUGGAGAAUGUUAAAUGGGGGAUCAGGCAUCAGUAUGGACAAAAUUGUUAACAUGACUGAUGCAACACAGAUUGGCUCACCUGGAAAAAGAGAUGAAACUGUCGGCCAUAUUGCACUGUACAUGAACAGAUGGUUAGAGGCCCAAAGGCAUUACCGCUGGAAUAUCCUUGUACGCAUACGCCAGGGGGUCUCAAGGUUUCUCUGUUUCUGCUGUGCCAAACGUGAUGGAGCUUAUCUCACAGGGUUGUACAUUUUUGUCAAAGUCCUGUAUGUUUCCAAUGUUAUAAUCCAGUUCUUCCUUCUCAAUGCAUUCAUGGGAGGAUGGUAUAGCUUGUAUGGCUUUGAAGUGAUUGAUGGACUCGCAAGAGAUGAAAACUGGAGAGAUUCUCCCCGAUUUCCCAAAGUAACCCUAUGUGAUUUUGAGAUUCGUCAGCUGCAGAAUAUCCAGGUGUAUACUGUCCAGUGUGUGUUGCCCAUCAAUUUGUACAAUGAGAAAAUCUUUAUUUUCCUCUGGUUCUGGUUUGUCUAUGUUGCUGUCUGCACAUGUGGCAACUUUCUCUUCUGGAUCUGGCGAAUUCUUUUCCAUUCCAAUCGCGUGGCCUAUAUUAAGAAAUACAUGAAACUCUUGGAUAAGAUCAAGGAUGAGAAUGACAAGCAGUUAGCGAUCAAGUUCGCUGAUCAGUAUCUUCGGGAUGAUGGUGUGUUUAUUCUUCGCAUGAUUGCCCGCAACUCUAAUGACAUCAUUGUGUCUGAUAUCAUCAGAAAACUCUGGGAGUCCUUCUUGAAGAGUUCCAAAGUCAAGAGCAACAAAGAGGAUGAUGGUGAGAGUUAUGGAGGAGAGUCCCAUGCUUAA